AUGGAAGUGACCAACCAAUCCACCAUGACUGGAUUUGUCUUGCUGGGCUUAUCAGAUCACCCAAAGCUGGAGAAAAUGUUCUUUGUGCUCAUCCUGCUGAUGUAUCUGGUGAUCCUGUUGGGUAAUGGGGUCCUCAUCCUGGUGACCAUCCUUGACUCCCGCCUGCACACGCCCAUGUACUUCUUCCUGGGGAACCUCUCCUUCCUGGACAUCUGCUACACCACCUCUUCCAUUCCUCUAGUCCUAGAUGGCUUCCUGACACCCAGAAAAACAAUCUCUCUCUCAGGCUGUGCCCUGCAGAUGUUCCUUUCUUUUGCCAUGGGAGCUACAGAGUGUGUACUCUUGGGCAUGAUGGCUUUUGACCGCUAUGUGGCAAUCUGCAACCCCCUCAGGUACCCCGUGGUCAUGAGCAAGUCUGCUUAUGUGCCCAUGGCUGCUGGUUCCUGGGCAGCUGGUGGAGUCAACUCUUUGGUACAGAUUUCUCUUGCAGUCCAGUUACCCUUCUGUGGGGAAAACAUCAUCAACCACUUCACCUGUGAGAUCCUGGCAGUCCUGAAGUUAGCCUGUGCCGACAUCUCCAUCAAUGUCAUCAGCAUGGGAGUGGCCGAUGUGAUCUUCCUGGGAGUCCCGGUUCUGCUCAUCUUUGUCUCCUAUAUCUUCAUUCUUACCACCAUCCUAAGGAUCCCCUCAGCAGAGGGCCGGCGAAAAGCCUUCUCUACCUGCUCUGCACAUCUAACAGUGGUGGUCAUUUUCUAUGGAACUAUUCUAUUCAUGUAUGCAAAGCCCAAGUCUAAGGACCCACUAGGGGCUGAUAAGCAGGACAUUUCAGACAAGCUCAUCUCUCUUUUCUAUGGAGUACUCACCCCCAUGCUCAACCCCAUCAUCUACAGCCUGAGGAACAAGGAUGUGAAAGUGGCUAUGAAGAACCUGGUGAGCCAGAAGUGUUUGGCCCAAUGA